AUGCUCGUUCCUAUCCUCACCCUGCUUAUCCAUCUUACCUGUGUGCUAGGAUGGACAAUCCCACAGCACCCUUUUCAAGCUUCUUCGAAACCUCAGUCAAGAAUCCUGUCGUCGGAGCUGAUCAAGAGGAUCGAAAAUCUUAGGCUCAAAUGGGCAGUCAAGGGGAUCUCAAUUGGAUUAGCAGCUUCGCCGAACACUUCUGACUUUGCGACGACAGAGGACAACUGUGCUCUGGAAGCUUUAACUUUCGGAGAGGCAGAUAGGUAUGAGAGCAAAGUGGAAGGUGAUACCCUCUUCGCUAUUGCUUCCAAUUCUAAAUUAUUUCACGCGCUUUCGGUUGGUCUUCUGGUAGACAACGCCACACUCUUACCUGAUGGCGGUAGAUUACAAUGGUCAACAAAAGUCAAGGAUAUCUUACCCGAAUGGAAGCUUAUGGACGAAUAUGCGUCUGAUCAUGUCGAUCUUGUCGACUUGGCCUCUAUGAGGUCUGGUCUCCCGAGACAUGAUAUAUGGUAUGGUGUUGUCCCGCCAGUAGAUGUCGUAUCAAACAUGCGAAAUCUCAGACCAUCAACAGAGCUUCGGCAACACUGGCAGUACAACAAUAACCAUUAUGUGACUCUCGGACUGAUUAUAGAAAGACUAUCAGGCUUGACCUUGCCUGAAUAUGUCAAGUUACAUAUCUUCGACCCUGUAGGACUGACGAGUGCAACGUAUAAUGCUACUCAAGCCCGGGAGUCUGGUCAUCGAAGUGAUGGGUUCUCAAGACAGGCAGUCAAUUAUACAGCUUGCAAAGCGAGUAUCGAACAAGGAUCGGUAUCGGUGGAUAGGGGAUGUUUGGGCGAGGCAGGGAGCAUUGACUGGUGGAUUGAUGGCGAUGGUCUGUGGCAAGCUGGUCCAGGCGGUGUUAUCAUGUCGGCGAAUGAUAUGGCCAAGUGGGUGAAGGAACUUCUUCAACCGUCAGUCCUACCUCCCUCGCUUAUCGAAGCAGUGACCACCGGAUAUACAGUGAUGGACGGAAUCCCCACAUAUCCACAAGAAGGGAUCAAAGCCUAUGGUCUCGGUCAAUGGAUGUACGAAUAUCGAGGUCAUCGAGUCCACGGUCAUACGGGUAGUGUACCAGGUCAAAUGUCACGUAUGGUCAGACUACCCGACUUAGGCAUGGGCUUCAUGAUAGCUAUUAACGAUGAUGUAUUCGGUCUAUUCCUACAUGAAGCUAUCGCAAAUCUCAUCCUGGACGAGUUCCUCCAAGUGAACGACCCAAUAGACUGGGAGACGUAUGUCGCAAAUCAGUCUAUCGCAAGUCUUCCAUCCUAUACCGACGUACCUGAAAAUCCUCGAUUAUUUAACACAACGAUCGAAGGGAGCUACUACGAUUCAGGAUACGGCAACCUGAAUAUUGUACAAGUCCAAUCUCUCGAACCUUUAAUUGAAGAUAUCAUCGUUCACACCCCGCUGAAUGUGACUGGCCCGAUCUACCUCGCUCAGCUGAACUCGUUAUGGAUAUCGCAUAUGGUAUUCACGCACUUCGACGGACCCCUAUUCAACUGGACGUUGGUAUACACUGCAGAUAGAUGGGACGAGAAUGAUCAGAAGGCAGGAAAGCUGGGUAAAAUUGAGGGGACCGGUACCGCCAUUUUUAACGAAGACGGGUUUGGUAUGUUUGGUGAUUACUGGGGGAAAGGCAGUACCGUCCCCGGGUCAGUGGUUGACGAAGGAAAGGUCAAAGAGAAUGCCGAAGUGUGGUACAGGAGGCUGUAG